AUGCCCAAGCCUUUUUUCUUUCUACAUCGGAAUUUCCUUCGGAGAAACAAGCGUUUUCAGAGAAGUGCUAGCAACAGCCACGCAAGCCAGUACAAGAAUCAUAUACUGGCAUUUGACGAUCUCGCCCGUAAAUCUUCAGCAGACCUUUCAGACCAAUCUCUCGUCAUCUUCAACAUGGAAGAAGCUUUGCUGAAAUCCUCGUCUUUGUUUCCCUACUUCAUGCUUGUGGCUUUUGAAGCUGGAAGUCUGUUUAGGGCUCUCGUUCUUUUUCUUUUGUACCCUCUUAUGUUUUUUGUCAGUGAAGAAGUAGCUUUGAAAAUUAUGGUCGUGGUCUGCUUCUUUGGGAUUAAGAAGGAGAGCUUCAGGGUUGGAAGCUCUGUGUUGCCUAAGUUCUUCUUAGAGGAUGUUGGGUUGGAAAGCUUUGAGGUGAUACAGAGAACUGGGAGCAAGAAAGUUGGAGUCAGUAAUCUUCCUCAUGUUAUGAUCGAGACCUUCUUGAAGGACUAUCUGGAGAUUGAUGUGGUGAUUGGGAGGAGGCUAAAGGAGUUUGGUGGAUACUUCUCGGGUCUCAUGGAAGAUAAUAAGACGCAUCAUUUGACUAUCCUGGAAGAACAUGGUAGACACAACAAAAUGGGUAGUUCGGAUGAUAUAAUUGGCCUUACUUCGUUCAACACACGUCUUGAUGACCCGAUAUAUUCGUAUUGCAAGGAUAUUUACCGAGUGAGAAGCUCUGAUAAGAACAGCUGGAAGAACCUGCCCAGAGAUAAGUACCCAAAGAAACUCAUCUUCCAUGAUGGUAGGCUUGCUCUCAAACCAACGCCACUAGAAACUUUAGCAAUCUUCAUGUGGGCGCCAGUAGGGUUUGUACUUGCAGUCAUCAGAACCCUCAUCGCCAUAUCGCUUCCCUACUGCGUGUCAUCGCAUCUGCUGGUCUUCACCGGUCUGCAGGUGACGGUGACAACGCCAGAAACUCAAACCCUCGCUCAAAACGACGACCCUCACACUCAAAAUGAUAAACCCAAAGGCGUCCUCUACGUUUGCAACCAUAAAACACUUCUAGACCCCAUGUACUUAUGUUUUGUACUGAAAAAAAAUCUCCUUGCGGUUACAUACAGUCUAAGCAAGGUGUCGGAGAUACUAGCUCCCAUCAAGACUGUCCGAUUAACAAGGAACCGACAGCAGGAUCAGGGAUUGAUGGAGAUGUUGCUGAAUCAAGGGGACUUGGUGGUUUGCCCAGAAGGAACUACUUGUCGUGAACCCUACCUACUGAGGUUCAGCCCCUUAUUCUCAGAAAUUAGUGACGAAAUUGUUCCAGUUGCCGUUGAUACCAACGUUAGCAUGUUUCAUGGUACUACGGCCAGUGGUCUCAAGUGUCUGGAUCCGGUCUUCUUCUUGCUCAACCCUUCACCGAUCUACACCAUUCAGUUCCUGGAGAAGGUGUCACCAUCGGAAGUGUCGACCUCGUGUCGUCAUGGGUCGACGUCAAGGUUUGAUGUAGCUAACCACGUCCAAAGGGAGCUUGGCAAGGUUUUGCGGUUUGAAUGUACAAACCUUACAAGGAGAGAUAAGUACUUGAUCUUGGCAGGAAAUGAAGGCAAAGCUGCUUCUGAAACUGCAUGA